AUGGCGACCAACGGCAACACGAGGGGCGGCCCAGGUGGGGGACGUGGCAGCUACAACUCGGGUGGUCGUGGUGGGCACAACCAUCAUGGUGGAGGUCGAGGCGGCGGAGCAGCAGGCAACCGAGGAGGCUCAGGUGCACCUCCUCAGAGCUCGAGAUGGGGCAACGGUCCCCCUUCCUGCGCUUCCUCCGGCAACAGCACGCCAUCUCAUGGUCAGCAGCACAGGAACGUUCCAGGUUCUAGGCCUCCCCUCGACUCCAACAACAGCAACAGCAAAACCUCCAACCAGCGCGGCGCUGCAGCCAGCUCCAACAACAACCAGCAGUCGACUGCCUUCCCAUCGCUCGCCGCCGGCAACACCCAAGACGACUUGCACAAGCUCAUGCAUGAUCGAAUGAUGUUCUUGUUGGUCACGCUUGUCGGCAAUCCCAUUACUGUCACUGUCAAGGGUGGAGCUCAAUUCUUCGGUAUCUUCUCAGCUGCCAACACCGAGGGCGGCGAAGUAUCUGUCGCCCUCGCUUCCGCUCAACAGAUCUUACCUGCCAAACAGAAGCACGGUCAGCCCGAACUGGGCGAGUUCAAGUCGACCUUGCUCGUCAACUACAAAGACCUCGAAAGCAUCGAGGCUGCCGAAGUCAGAAUGCAGGAGCAAGCCAGAGAGAUGCGCGAGGCUCGUGAGAAGGAGGCCUUCCGCACCGACACAGAGAUCUCCAAGGCCUUCGACCCUCUUGGCAGCGGCAGGGCGCUUCAGAAGUGGUCUGACGACCCUGACCUUGCCGAUCUCGAUGAACCUAGCAGCGGCUUGCCAGCUUGGGCCUCGCCUAACGAUGUCGGUGGUGGCCUUGGUGACACGUCCAGCAGCGGUGCAAACAAGCAUUGGGACCAGUUCGCUGCCAACGAAGCUCGCUUCGGCAUCAAGUCCAACUACGAAGAAAACCUCUACACCACCAAGCUCGACCGAAGCGGCAAAGACUUCCGCGAUCGUGAGCGAGAGGCUGAUCGCAUCGCACGCGAGAUCAUGGGUCAGGCUACCAACAAUCCACAUUUGGCUGAGGAGAGAGGUCAGGCGGAUGAUUCUGGUGUCAACGAAGAGGACAAGUACGGCGCUGUGGUUCGCAACCCUAACGCCUACGUUCCUCCUGCGCUCCGCAAACAGAUGGCUGCAGCUGCAGGUGCUGGCGCCAAGAAGGGACCUGCAAACGCCACGCCCGCUGCGACGCCUACUGCUGCUGCUCAGGCAUCUACGCCGAAAGUUAACGGUGCAGCUGCUACAUCUGCUACUACUGACGCAAUGACAUCGACUGAAACCACUUCGGUACCGCCGCCACCCGUCUCGGUCGUCCCUCCGACCGUCAACGUCAAGGUACCCAGUCCCAGCAUCCCUCAGGAGCCGCAGAGCAAAGACGCUUCUGGCAAGAAGCCUUCCGUCGAUGCCGCCAACCCGCUCACCGCCGACUUCCGUCAGUUUGUCAGCUCAGAGCGCGAGCGUCUGGAGAAGAAGAAGGCGGCACUGGCCAAGAAGGAGAAAGACACCCGCCUGGCUGACCUCAAGUCGUGGGGCAGCUCGUUCAAGCUCAAGACGCCUAUGCCCUCGGAUGUGGCUGAUAUGGUGCAGAAGGACAAGGCGACUGCAUCGGACAAGCCUCGCGAUCCAAGCCUGCAGAAGAGCCUCAGCCCCACCCCUUCGCACUCGACUGCUACGCCUUUAUCUAAGGCGGAUGCUAGCAGGUCAUCCGCCGCCUCUCGCGCAGCACAAAUCUCGUCUUCCAAUGUGGUGAGCCCCGCCGGCGGCUCUGGCUCUGCACAGGCCAGCAACGACGCUCAGAAGCUCGCAGAGAGCAAGGCGAUGCUUCAGAAGAUGACGAUUCCAAAGAUCCCUCCAUUCAACCCAGACAAGUUGAGGGCAAGACAGGCUGCAGCUGCUGCUGGUAACAGUGGCAGCAACGCGGAAGGCGGAGAUGUAGCCAAGGGAACGGCAGCCAAGGUAGACGGAGGCAUGCCAUCCUCUGUCAGCACCUCAUCGUUCAAGCUCAGUGCCAAGGCCAGCUCCUUCAAGCCUUUCAACCCCAAUGCAGCCAGCUUCACUCCCGGCGGUGCAUCCUUCACACCCGCAGUCGCAACUGCUGCUCCUGCUCCACCAGCCGCCGGUAGCCCUGCGUAUUCUGCCGCUGUCCCGACGCUGUCGGCUCGUCCUUUGCUCACUGGCUCUCCACCUGUAGAUUCUACCUCGGCAGCAGCGCCAGCCAACCUCUUCUUUGGCAAUAAGCUCAUCAAGAAGUCCACUGGUAACUUGAACAUCCGCGAAGAUUUCAACCCGUUCAAGGUCAGCAAGGUGCCUGAUGCCAAGUCAGUCGGCCCCAUGUGGGCUUUCAGUGGCAAGCCAUACCGUCAGCACUUUGUCAUCCCUCCUCCUGGUGGUGCCAUGGAUGAUGGAACUGGCUUGUUCGUACCUCACGCCGGUAUGAUGCAGCCUGGUAUGAUUCCAGGAGCUCAGACACCACAGCCUAUGCAUCCCGGUCAGAUGCCUAUUCCGGCGCCACAAGGAGGUCCAGGACCAGCUGGACCAACGCCAGUACCAGGCCCAGGUCCCGGCCCUGUACCUGGACCCGGACCACAACAGCAGCCAUUCGGCAUGGUCUACCAGCCUUACGGCACCGCCGGACCGUACCAAUACCCCGGUGGCCAGCCACAACCAGGAGCAAUGCCGCAAGGUCGCCAACCAGGUAUGCCACAACCCAUGCAAAUGGGUCCCGGAAUGCAAGGCGGUCCCAUGCCAUACGGUGCAGUUCCUCAGCAAUUUAUGGGUCAAAUGCACUUCUCUCCUAUGCACCAACAUGGUGCACCUCAAAAUAUGUACAGCCCGCAGAUGGGCAACGUACCUCCCACAGGGCAACAGCAGUUCAUGCCCAUGCCUCCACCCGGUGCGGCUGGAGGACCUAGGCCGCCACCGCCGCAUCUGCAGAAGGGACCACCAGGUGGUCAGCCUCCUCAAAUGUACUACCCUGGUCAACUGGGUGGCAUGCCGUAUGGUGGGGGGCCUCAUUAUGGCGGUGGACAACUAUCGCAUGCAGGCCCGCAGGGACCGGGUGGGGGAGCGCCACCGAGACCUGGACCGAAUGAGUCUAUGCCGGCAUCGAGUGCUGCUUCCUCAACCACAUGA